AUGGCCAAGAACAAAAAGCAAAGAGUGCACGCUUUACACGCAGACUCCAAGAGCGCUGCUAAAGUCCGGCACGGCAAGUCACCAAACACCUCGAAGUCCGGCAAACCCAGCAAAUCCUCGCAACCACCACCUAAGAAAGCCGAACCGACGAUCCCAUUCCAAGCCGAAGACCGCAUAUUACUAGUCGGCGAGGGAGACUUUUCCUUUGCCAAGUCAAUCGUAGAGCACCAUGGCUGCUGCGACGUGACCGCAACCUGUUUCGAUCGGCAGGAGGAACUCUACGAAAAGUACAAACCACAAGCGGAAGAGCACGUCAAGUACCUCGAAGAUGAAGGUCAAACAGUCCACUGCGGCAUCGACGCCACGAAGCUGGAUAAGAUCAAAGCGCUGAAGAAGCAGGGCGGCGGACGCUUCGAUGUGAUACUCUUCAAUUUCCCACACGUCGGUGGGAAGAGCAAGGACGUCAAUCGACAGGUACGGUUCAACCAGGAAUUGCUGGUGAAGUUCUUCAACACGGGGAUGGAGCUGCUCGCGCCGGAGGGUACGAUUGUCGUCACAUUGUUUGAGGGCGAGCCGUAUACGUUGUGGAAUGUAAGAGACCUGGGACGGCAUACUGGACUGGAGGUGAGGAGGAGCUUUAAAUUCAUGGCGGAGGCAUAUCCGGGGUACAGUCAUGCGAGGACGUUGGGCAAUAUUGAAGGUGGCGGAGGCUGGAAGGGAUUAUUCACACAAGAAAUGGAACACGACGACAUUCAUUUCGAGAUUGUUGAAGCCGGGCUUACGGCUCUCGAGGAGCUCGAUCGUUAUGCCAUGGAGCAAAGGCUCUAUCACAACUCCACCACGGAUGCAUCACUUCCGUCGGACCCGGACCUUACGACUGGGCUGAAGUGCCGAACCACACUGGAUGCCGAACCAGACUGGACUGGCAUUGCACGGCGACACAUCCGCGGUGCUCGUUAUCAAGGCCGAUUGGCCGGCGCCGUGAAGCCGCUCUUGUACAACCUUCGGGAGCGCCUCUGCAUGUUCAAGAAGCUCGAUUCUCGAUCUCACGUCCUGAACUACAUUUCUGGCUGCUGA